AUGACCGAAACCCGACGACUCCUCGACGCGUCUACAGCCCUCUCCCUACUACUCCGUGUUCAAUCUGUACCCCACGCGUUCUACGGGAGUGUUCUUACGGCGGUUCUCGCAAAUAGCCCUCAAAGUGAUGAGAUAUUCUGCGUCGUCGAAGGCGGACAAAACCAGCCUCAUGCGUUCAGAAGAGUGCGAGAUGCUUUAGCUGGCAAUGCUGACUUUACGAUAACCCACUCACCUUGGACGAAUCGGUUGCACGUUACCUAUCGUCGUUACAUUCCUGCAAUCGAGAUUGAGAUUCUACCUGCUGGAGAACACGGACCCCGGCAUCUCGACCAAACAACCGUGAUGAAGAUGGAGGGCCUCCCUUUCUUGACCAUCUCCGAAUUUCUCCGUUCCAAACUCAAGUCUUGGAUGAUUCGCGGAGAGGAUCGAGACGCGCAAGAUAUUGUCUACGUUCUAGGUCGGCACUGGACCCGGGUGGACAUCAACCGCAUUCCUGAGAACGACAUGAAUUUUUUCGUCGCGAGACACACAUCGGUCGCUCCGGCUUGGGCUGCAGUGAGGCGCAGAUAUGGUGUUUAA